GUCCUUAUCCCCUAAGUCUGAACAGCUCUCUUCUGUCUCUGCUGCUUUGGCUUGGUGGUCUCUAUGUUGCACUCCCUCUGUCUCUUCAUUUCUUUCACUAGUCAAUUCCCUCUCAUCCCUUAUGGACUCUCCCUGUUGUUUUCCUCCUCCUUUAUUAUGAAAAAAUGUGGUGUAAAAUAAUGUUACAAAAAGUAAAUGUAAUAUAGGCUACUUAAUGCCAAUAAGUUAGUAUAGGAGUAUGAGUUACUGUUUUGCUUGCCACUAUUCACUAUAUGUCAAUUUAUUGUUGUCGUUUCCUCACCUGGUUCUUCCUGCAGGGCUUCAUGUUUCCAUGACGACUGACCAGAAAAGACGCACGUGAUGUCAUGUUUACAUGACUCCCGAUUGUUAAAAUGAGUAUCAAAUUAACGAUAAACUUUACCAACAAAGACACACGUACGCACUACACAGGUACGCAGUUUAUUUGUCGCGCUGCUGUUUUUGUUUCACGCUCUAGCAGUUAAUAAACAGAACUGCAUGCGUCUUGCGGAAGAACAUUGUAACCGGCGCUACUUCUCUCCGUUUAUGAAUAUGGAAGAGUCACUCAGGUCCUGUGCUACUCCACAGCGGCGGCGACCCGCUGGACUAAAAUAGUCCGAAAAUAAACACUUAUUAUUGGCGUACCAUGGUGAUUCAGGAUACUGACUCCAGUACUCACCGAUAUGGUUUCGGAAUCGGAACAACUCUAGGUAAAAGGAAAGAAGUGUGAGACACAGCUUUGGAGCAACUUAGUUGAUUCACAACACUACAUAACGGGUUCUCCCCACUGCUAUAUAUAUAUAGAUCAGUGGUUCUCCCUCUGCGUGUGUUUCGCGCUGGAUGACGGUCGUGCUGAGCGGUGCAGGUACAGAGGAGAAGUAGAAGAAGAGAAGAGGAUGACACCAUUUGCUAAGCGGGGGUGUUUUCAUUUUCACCCUUAACAAAUAAAUUUUAAACCACAAACUACGGAGUAUGUUUUGGACAUAAUUUAACCUUGUCAAAGACGAACAGAAAUUUUAGAAUAACAACAUUUCAAAAAAUGUCUUACUCCAAGAUUUAGGGGUGCCUAAAAUGGGGCUAGAAUCAGUGCGCUAGACUCGCCCUUGUUGUAUGGAAUUACUGACCUGAGAUAUUCUUCUAAAAAUAAAUAUUUCAGCAGAAGAAAGAAAGUCAUAUACAUCAGGGAUGGCAUUAGUGAUAAGAUAAUUUUCAUUUUUGGAUGAAAUAACCCUUUAAGUCCAUCAGUGAUGAUUACAGUUAUGGAAUACAUUUGUCCCUUGUGCACAGCGUGCCGCUAGUUCUCCAUUCAGCAGCUUCCAGGGACACAUGGUAGCGCCCACCUGUGACCAUGGCAACGUGCUCCGCUCAUGACAGCUGAUUCAGCAAAGUUGCCCUGCAUGGACCAUGUUUCCGAGCCAUAAGAUUAAUCUCCACCAUCCAUGGCCCAAGUGAACAGCGGUUCGUCCAGUUGCAGGGCCAUGGUCAUGGCUAGCCAAUUUUGGACGAAACCCUCAGCGCUUCGCCAGCAGAAAAGCGGCCAUCAUCAGCGGAGACUGACCGCACUGAACCAGCGCAUGAGGUCAGCCAGCAGCGCGGGGCAUGGGAGCAAGACCCCGGCAUGGACCCAGCAAGAGGUCCCUAACUACGCCUCACCGAUCGACCGCCACGCCUGGUCCAACCGUACCCUGAUCUACAGAGAUGUUAAAGCUUUUCUCAAAGAAAUUGGAGGUGAUCCCCGGGAAGCUCGGUACUGGUUAACGCACUUUCAGCGGGCCGGUUUGUUUCCAGCGUUUGCGGUCCUGGAGGUUGACACUUCAGUGUUUGAAAGUCGUGAGAUGGUUCACAGUCUGGCCUUUGGGCUCUCCUUCCUGCAGCGGAUGGAUAUGAAGCUUGUGGUGGUGAUGGGGCUGUCACCUGAGAUGGAGGAAGAGAACAGCACUAAAACUGGGACUACAUCAUCCCUCUCCAGGACAUUGGUUGUGAAGCAAUGUCAGGUUCUAACAGAGGCACUCCAGCACAACUCAGCCAAUGUGAUGCCCUUCUUUAGUUCAGAGGCCCUCUUACAACUGCAGGAUCCUCAGACUGGGAGCAGUGAUGGUCGUUUGGUUCUUGUGGACUCAGCUCUGCUGCAGUGGAGUCUGGACUGCAGAGCCAUUCCGCUGGUCUGUCCGGUAGGCCGCGACUCCAUAGGUCGUUCUGUCAUUCUCAGCUCGAUCCAGGUGAUGGCAUCCAUCUCGCAGGCUCUGCAGCCUCUGAAAGUCAUAUUCUUGAACAGCUCAGGGGGUCUGCGCAACCAAAACCACAAGGUAUUGGGUCUUAUAUCAUUGCCAGGAGAUUUGCCAGGCCUGAGUUCUGCGGAAUGGCUGAGUGAUGUGGAACGCAGAAGGGUCUGUACUAUUGCCGAACUGCUCAACCAGCUGCCAUUCGAGAGCUCUGCCGUAGUCACCUCCGCUAAUACACUUUUAACUGAGCUCUUCAGCCAUAAAGGUUCAGGCACCCUGUUUAAAAAUGGAGAUCCUAUCCACAGAUACAGCAGCCUUGAUGACAUUGAUGUGGGUCGCCUCUUGGCACUAAUUAACAAAUCUUUUGAGAAAAACCUGAAAGAGGAUUACGUAGCAGCGCUCAAGGGUAGACUGCAUUCUAUUUACCUAUCUGAGGGGUACAGUGCAGCAGCAAUAAUCACCACAGAGCCUGUGAACAGCGGCACUCCAUACCUGGACAAAUUUGUGGUCAGCAGCAGUAAACAAGGGCAGGGCACUGGCCAGAUCUUGUGGGAGUGUAUUCGUCAGGACCUGGCCAAGCUCUUCUGGAGAUCCCGUGCCACUAACCACAUCAACUCCUGGUACUUCAAGCACUGUGAUGGCAGCUUCGUCAAUGGUCACUGGAUUGUAUUCUGGUUUGGCCUUACAGAUAUCCGUGAGUCUUAUGAGCUGGUGGAGUACGCCAAGCACCUUCCCGACUCCUUCUGCUUUCACGCCACAACAGAAACAAUAUCCCUUAGGUCACCCCCAGGAACAUAAAAUCAAACCCAUUUCACACACAGUGCUUUGGUGUGAACUUAUCAGGAUGGUUGGGUAGCUUAACAGAAUAGUUUACCCAACUAAAAAAAUCCUGUGAUUAUUUACUCCCCCUCACGUGGUUUCAAACUCAUAGGAAUAGAUUUAGGUAGGGUUGGUACAGACAUGUCCCUACCAAUUUCUAGAAAAUCAGAAAAUGUUAACUUUACACUGUAUUUCUUUUUCAUUUGAAUGACUAUUAAAGUUUCUUAGUAUCAUAAUUCAUGUUAAAAUUAUUGUCCCACAUCUUCUAGAGCAGCGCAGCAAUUGUGUUGUCAUGUAGCACCUGUUACUCUUCUAAGCGCUGUUCAGGAUGCAUCAACUACAGUCGUUUUUGAUUACAGAUUAAAAACAUUCUAGAGAUUACAUGGUGGAUUUCCAUUUUUAUAUUAGGUCCAAUCCUUAAAAAUAAUAGAUAUAAACAAGCAUUCUUUUCUUGCAUAACUGUUUUCUGACUAAGAAAAAACAUUCCUGAGUUUUGCAUGC